AUGAACGGCAAGUCGCACGAGCUCUUCCCGGAGGCGGCUCGCAAGUGGGCGGUCGAGGUGAUGCGGCUGGGCUACCUGAUCGCGUGGGACGAGGAGCGCUUCGACAGCCGCGAGGGAGCGGCUCCGGAGCUGGCGGACGUCUGGCGCGGCUUUGUGCUGCCAAGGGUGGUGGCGCGAUGA